GUGUAUUUAUUUGCUUUCCAUCCAGACUGUUUAGGGCGUUGCAUUUGAAGCGGAAUUGGGGGUUGGGAACUACAAUGCUCACUUCUUGAUCCGACUCAAACCCCGAAAAACAGAGGCCAUUGGGUCAUUUUCACACUCCCUGAGGCAGGGGCUCUAACGAUGCAGUGCUAUACCGAGCUGCUACCCCCAUCUGGGGUCACUCAUGCAUUGGCCGUCCCAUUUCUAUCUGCCACGGCCAAAAAUUUGAUCGUGGUACGAUCCUCUCUCUUGCAGGUCUUUUCUCUCUCAGCUCCUGCUCAACGGCUGGCAGAGAAUGCCGAGACCCACCCAACAACAUCACCUCACCCACCAGGGACGAAGCUCAUUCUCGAGAAAGAAUAUUCACUGCCAGGAACGGUGACAGACCUGAGCAGAGUGAAAAUCUUGAACCCCAAGAGCGGAGGCGAAGCUAUCCUCGUUGCCGUCCGCAAUGCCAAACUUAGCUUGAUUGAGUGGGAUCCCGAGCGCCAUGGAAUUUCCACCAUCUCUAUUCAUUAUUACGAGCGAGAUGACUUGACCCGAAGCCCCUGGGUGCCAGACCUGAGCAAUUGUGGCAGCAUUCUCAGCGUGGAUCCUAGCAGUCGGUGUGCCGUAUUCAACUUCGGGGUCCGUAACCUCGCCAUCUUACCCUUUCAUCAAGCAGGAGACGACCUGGUUAUGGAUGACUAUGACUCGGAUCUUGAUGGUAAACGGCCAGAUCAGAUCUCGGGAGCUGGCGCAGAUGCCGGGAAAGCCAAAGACGGCACGGCAUACGGAACACCCUAUGCUCCCUCCUUUGUGCUGCCAUUGACAGCCUUGGACCCUUCCUUACUGCACCCUGUUAGUCUUGCUUUUCUUUACGAGUAUAGGGAGCCAACAUUUGGUAUCUUGUACUCCCAAGUGGCAACCUCCACUGCUUUGGUUCAUGAGCGAAAGGACGUCAUGUUCUACACUGUUUUCACAUUAGAUCUCGAACAAAAAGCGUCAACGACCCUUUUGUCAGUCUCACGGCUACCAAGUGACUUGUUCAAAGUGGUCGCACUCCCACCUCCCGUGGGAGGAGCCAUGCUUAUCGGUGCCAACGAGAUAGUGCACGUUGACCAGGCCGGCAAGACUAACGCGGUGGGAGUGAACGAGUUUUCCCGACAAAUGUCCUCGUUUUCAAUGAGCGACCAAUCCGACCUGGCCCUCCGCUUGGAAGGUUGUGUUGUAGAGCGACUCGGCGGUAAUAGCGGCGAUCUAAUACUCGCUCUUGCGUCAGGAAACAUGGCGUUGAUCAGAUUCAAGUUGGAUGGACGAUCCGUGUCAGGAAUGACGAUCCAUCUCCUACCAGCACAGGCAGGCGGAAAUCUCUUGAAGUCGGCUGCUUCCUGCUCGACAUGCUUUGGGGACGGCAACGUCUUUAUUGGCAGUGAAGAAGCAGACUCUGUUCUUCUAGAGUGGUCCCACUCGUCGGCCGCUUCCAAGAAAAAGCUCUUGGCCAAUGGGGAAGAUGGCAUUUUCGAUGAUGACCCGAUGGAUGAUGAUGAUGUAUAUGAAGAUGAUCUAUACUCGACGGCGCCGGACACACGCACGACUUCUGGAAGUUCAACUGCCGAUCUCUACAAUAUCCGGUUGAACGAUAAACUAUCUUCCAUCGGGCCCUUGCGAGAUAUCACACUGGGUAAACCCUCAAAAGCUUUCAAGGGCGAGGACCAGUCCGACAGCGAGGGUGUCUCUGCGGAUUUAGAGCUGGUUGCAUCGCAGGGAUCGGGCAGAGCUGGGGGCCUGGUCGUUAUCAAGCGAGAGAUUGAUCCUCAGAUCGCCUUAACCAUCAAGGUGGACGAUGCUGAUGGAGUAUGGUCGGCUACCAUAACCCAGGGAAAGAGAGGCGGUCAGCCAAAUGCAGCUGAAUCGGCGGAAACCCCCUCUCGCCAUUAUGUGAUUGUCUCUCGGCCAUCAAAAGCGGAAAGAGAAGUCUCCGAAGUUCUGACAGUCGAGGACCAAGAAUUAAAGCCCUAUAAAGCCUCUGAAUUCAAUCCCAACGAAGACCGCACUGUUGAUAUUGGCCCGCUCGCAGGUAGUACUCGCCUUGUGCAGGUUCUUCGAAAUGAAGUUCGAAGUUAUGAUAUUGACUUGGGAUUGGCUCAGAUCUAUCCCGUAUGGGACGAGGACACCGAUAAAGAGCGGCUGGCAGUCAGCGCGAGCUUUGCGGAUCCCUAUCUCGGGAUACUUCGAGAUGAUUCCUCUCUUUUACUUCUUCAAGCAGACGAUAGCGGAGACCUCGAUGAAAUUUCUCUUCCAGACGAACUAUCUAGUCUCAAGUGGCGCUCUGCUAGUCUUUAUCAAGACAACGAUCAAGUAUUUAGCUCAAAAUCAGCCGAUACUGCCGAUGGCAACAUCAUUUUAUUCCUGUUGAGCACCGACUACAAGCUUUCGAUUGUCAACCUCGCAGACAUGAAACUGCUGUCGAUCAUCGAUGGCGUCGACUGCUUGCAGGCUGUGUUAUCGACUGAGCCUCCUCGGCGAUCCAACACCAGAGAACCCCUGAAAGAAGCACUCGUUGCCGACCUUGGCGAUCGAUGGACUACAUCGCCCUACUUGAUCGUCCGAACGGAAAAUGACGAGCUCAUUAUUUACAAGCCGAUUUUGACGCAGGCUGAAGGCGAAUCCCCGAACAGUCUACGGUUCUACAGAGAGUCUAAUUAUGGUUUGUCUAAUGCGGCUUCAGCUGCCACCCCGGCGUUAGAUCUGCAACAACGAUCGCAGCCUCUGCGAGUCUUGCCAAAUGUUUCGGGAUUCAGCACCGUCUUCAUGCCCGGAAGUUCCGCAGGAUUUAUUCUGCGAACUGCAGCAAGCUCCCCCCAUCUCGUGCGCCUUCGCGGCGAAUUCACCCAAUGGCUAAGUGGAUUUGAUUCGGCUGCCGCUGGCUGCGAAAAUGGAUUCAUCUACGUUGAUUCCGAAAGUAACAUCCGAGCCUGUCAAUUCCCUCCGAACACCCAAUUCGACCACCCGUGGACUCUGCGCAAGAUCCCAUUGGACGAGCAAGUCGACUACCUCACAUACUCAACCUCAUCUGAGACCUACGUUGUCGGUACCAGUCACAAUGUAGAGUUCAUGCUGCCGGAUAAUGACGAGUUGCACCCGGAAUGGCGUAACGAAGGAAUUACCUUUUGCCCAGAGGUUCCGCAGAGCUCGAUCAAGGUCAUCAACCCAAAGACCUGGACCGUCAUCGACGAGUAUGAGCUGGAAGUUGCGGAGCAUGUGAUGGCUGUGCAGAAUGUGAACAUGGAAGUUUCGGAGAAUACACACGAACGAAAGGAUCUGAUCGUUGUCGGCACAGCGGUCACCAAGGGCGAAGAUGUUCCCUCGCGGGGGUGCAUCUACGUCUUCGACGUGAUCGACGUGGUUCCGGACCCAGAGAAGCCCGAGACAGGACGUAAGCUCAAGCUGGUCGGCAAGGAGACGGUGAAGGGUGCAGUGACAGCGCUUUCCGGGAUCGGCGGACAGGGCUUUGUGAUCGUUGCGCAGGGCCAAAAAUGCAUGGUACGCGGUCUGAAAGAAGAUGGCAGUCUUCUACCCGUGGCAUUCAUGGACAUGUCAUGCUACGUGUCCGUCGCGAAGGAGCUCAAGGGCACUGGAAUGUGUCUACUGGGCGAUGCGGUCAAGGGGAUUUGGUUUGCAGGGUACUCGGAGGAACCCUACAAGAUGUCACUCUUCGGCAAAGACCUCGAGUACUUGGAGGUCGUGACGGCCGAAUUCCUCCCCGACGGAAGCAAAUUGUACAUGCUGGUCGCUGACAGUGAUUGCAACCUACAUGUGCUGCAGUACGACCCAGAAGACCCCAAGUCCUCCAACGGCGAUCGCCUGUUACACCGCAGCAAAUUCUAUACCGGCAACUUCGCCUCACAAAUGGCCCUUCUCCCCCGCACAGCCGUGCCCUCCGAACUAAUCUCCGCAUCAGACGACGACAUGGACGUCGACAACGUCCUAGCAACGCAACAAGUCCUCAUCGCCUCGCAGAACGGAUCUUUAGCGCUGGUAACCAGCGUAUCAGAAGAGUCAUACCGACGGCUCUCGGCGCUUCAGUCCCAAUUAACCACUACGAUCGAACACCCCGGUGGCCUGAACCCGCGAGCCUUCCGGGCCGUGGAGAGUGACGGGACGGGUGGGCGGGGUAUGGUGGAUGGGAAUUUGUUGAGACAGUGGCUGGAUCUGGGGAAGCAGCGCCAGGCGGAGAUCGCGGGGCGGGUCGGGGCGACGGAGUGGGAGAUUCGGGCCGAUUUGGAGACUAUUGGCGGAGAUGGGUUGGGGUAUUUGUGAAAAAAAGAGAGGGUUGGUAGAUAGUGAGUGGGGGUGGACUGAUCAUCUAUUAGUCUGAAUGGAGAGGAUUGCAAAGGUCCCAAAAUGAAGCGGAAAGAAGCUGAAAGCCUUUUGUAUUCGAACUAUUUUCGUGUAGGAGAAUCAAUAUCCCGACUCAAAACUGAAGACACCGCCGAGGGAUCUAUGAAAGAUGAAGAGAAGGCAAUGAAUGAGAACGUAGAAUAUUUCAUCACAGAUGAUAUUUGGCAAGUAUAGUUAUAAGAAACCCCCCGGUAUGCCAGAAAGAUAGGAGUGGCAGAAUAUUGGCUCCAUAGCCAGAACCAGGAAGGGAUCUCGCGCAGUCAAUCGCAGCGUAAAAUCAUGACAAGAUGGGAUAUAACCAGAACCAGGACCGGGACCGAGCAUGUCAAAAAGAGAAGAAAAAAAAACGAAACCAAAGAGAAGAGGAAGUGUGCAGAUGAGUCCAGGCCAGUAGACCAGACCUAUCAACUCGACUCGACGCGGGUCCCCCGGGGUGUAGAUUGCCCUCGAGAGAGGACGAGGAAGCAAUACUAGUGACUGAGAAGGCAUUGCAGAGCAAUGCCAUGCCAGUAGUGAUCGUUCAACCCUCGUAUCAAGCCUGAACAUCCAAGAAAAAGAUAAAACAAGACAGAAAAAAGAAAACUCCAGCACACGCCACAACUCGCCAUUUUGCACCACAUGACCCGCAAUAAUCCGACACCAAGAGCAAAGUAGUAGACGAAAAAACAAAAUUCCAAUCCACCGAGUUUCCCAGAACCAGAAGUCCAUACGCAACGCAUAGCGUUACGAUCCCAAAAUAAUCAAAGAACACAGAAUCCCCAGCACGGGGAAAAGAAACAGAACAGGCUUUCCCUCUCAUCCAAAAAUCAAGGGUCAAGCUUUCUAAAUAGGAGACUUGAUAUAGGAGUGGUGAGACAUCAAAACUCCCAUCCUAAAAUGUGCAAAUGCAGAUGCGAAAACCGAGAUGGUAGGAUCAAACCCCAAACAACGCAGAGACCCUCAAAACUAGAGGGAAAACCCCUCGAAAUUCCAACAAAAUAUAAGAGAACAAAAAAAAAAAAGAAAAACGCCGACCGAGCGCCAUUCCAAUAAAGAGGGAGAUUCGUUUUUCAAAAGACGUCCUCGGCGGCGAAAUAGCGUUUGCUACGGCCCCUAGAGCCUGCAACGAACUUCAUCUCGGGCAUAUUCGUAUGAUGAACAACGUGAGGUCGAUAGACAGCGUCGACGGGAGCUUGCCAGUCAUCCAAACCGAGAGGGAAGUAUUCGUACAGGAAGUCGGUGCCUUCAUUGGGGAAGGGCAAAGACGAGACGAACUGCUGAGGAAGAUUGGCGGUCUCUAUGAGCGGCAGAGACGAGCUGGCACUUCGCGAGGAGGUCUGCGGAAUACCGUGGGACAUCUUGCGCAUCUUGGCCGGAGGCUGAGCGGAAUGAUCCAUGCUUAUCGACCGUUGUUGGGGUAUCUCGUUGGCAUAGGAUUGCAUGAUCUUCUGGUCGAGGUGAAGACCGUUGUCGUGGCUUCCAUCGUCUUCAUCCAGCAGAGACAGAUUAAUCGGCGCCGCUGCUGCAGCCGUCGUACCACUAACGCGGCGCUGCGGAUCGGCCGCCUGGGAGAGUUGCUCUGGGCUGGAGUGAGGGAAGAGAGGCUGGUGAUGACCGUGGGACAUGACGGCAUUGGAGCUAGAUUGAGGAAUAGGUGUCCAAUCGGUCGUGGCAUGUGAUUGUUGCAUCAUGGAUGGAGGCGGGACGGAGGUCGUUUCGGGGGAGCUACUCUGGACCGUGCCAGAGGGUGCCUUGUUCUUUGCCGGGGUUACGCUGGCGCGACGGGGCAAGGACUCGCUAGUAGGGGUGCGGUUGAGCGCAGCCGCCGAGUUGGCCUGAUUCUUGCGAGAUGCGGCGGCACUGCCGCUCAGGGGGAGAUCCUUGCGAGACUGGAAGUUGCGUGGACUGCGGCCACGAACGAUGACGGGUCCUGAUUGCACCUCGGAGAUGGGGAUCUUGGCUCCCGUGGAUAACGUCGCAACCACCUUGAGCCGUACGACAAAAUGUUGCUGCAGUUCCUUACGGCGUCCGUUAUUAGCAGUCGCGACGCGGAACUGCAAACGCUUCCAAGCGAUUGGGAAGGUGGCAUAGUCGGUGUCCAGGUCCUGGCCGGCCAUGAUAUCAAGUGGGAUUGGCGGGGGUUCCUUCUCCACCUUAGCUGCACCACUUGGGUUGCUUUCCUCGAGAGCGGUACCUGAGUUGGCAGCGGCAGCGGAGGGAGUCUUCCAGGGAACGGAAAUGAUCUUUACGGGGUUUCCUUCGACCGACUCCGUCGCGGAGACGGUCAGUUCUUGGGCCAGAAUGGGAAUCCGAUCGCCCUGAUCCGUCAUGAUAUAGCGCAUGCCUCGGGGCAGGGUGACCGAGCCGGUAAUUUGGAAGAGAUUACGCCGAUAACACGUCAAUUCAGCACCUUGUUGGGGCGGGGCAUUCUCGGACGGAGAAGUGGUGUACGGAGACUCGGCCAAGAAGAACAUGCCAUGUAGCUGGGCGGAGACCGAGAGAGAGGCCCGGCGCAUGGAGUAGUCGAGCAAGGUAAAGUGGUAGACGGGGAUGGAGAAGCUCAAUAGCUUGUUGUUGUGGUCGAUUGACGAGUCCUGCUGCUGCUCUGGAGGUACUGGGUCGAAAGGAGCGACCAUAUCUGUGAAGGGGUCGUCAUAUCCGGAUGGGAAGCGCUUUAAUGAGUGUGAUAGGCUAUUUUGAGUGAAUGCCAGGUCGUCGCUGUUAUUGCGGGAUUUAGGAUUAGUUUCUCGAGGGACAUCACUCUUAAAUAAGGCUAUAGUAGAAAAAAAAAAAAAACAA